GGGGGUGGUAACCCGAGCUCAUCUCCACACAGCUGGCACAGGGCGGUCCCAUCAGAGGCCGGCGUGUGGUGUGACGCAGAACGAGGCCUAGUUUUCAUUUCGAUGCGUUCCGGUGAGUCAGAGAAAUGAGCGGCGUGACCGCGCGGCCCGUGAAAUCCUGCGGAGCCACUAAAUGGUGCCGGGAGCAGGAAAUCUGCCUCACCUGUGCACUUCCUGCUGUCACAGCAGCGUUUGUGAUGAGGAGCCGGGGUCGUUUCAGAAAUGUUACUGAUCCUAUGACAGCGCACACACAGGCCUGACAUCCUGAACACACAAGUGCUGCUGUGCGUGUGGGCGGUCCUGGUUCUGCUCGCCAACGUGGGUCGUGAUCCAGGACCGCCAUCAGCAGCUGAGCGAGGGGCUGGUCUGAGAGGAGGUGUUGUUGCAGAUUUUAUGGAUUUUAGUGCAUCCUCUUCCUGUUUAUCUGUUCUUGCUGUGUCUACGUCAGUGUGACCCUCUCCAGCAGCUCAUCGUCCUCUGUUCUCAUCACUGGUGAGGAAGCGCAGCCCCGUGAUUUCUUGGGGCUUAUUUUUCCCACCUGGACUGCAGAUAUCGAGGCAGAUAGUUUACAGAUUUGAAAUAAGAUGAUAAAAGUGGAAAUUCAGCUUGGCAGGCAACUUAUUUCUAAGCACUUUCAGAAAACUCCCAGCUGCCGUACACCUGACAUGACAAACGAAAAACAGUAAGCACAAACAAUCAAAUCAGCACAUUAGAUUAAAUUAAAGCAGGAAAGUCAGAGUCACACUGGGUCAAAAGCCAAGGAAUAAAAAUGGGUUUUAAUGCAUGCUUUAAUAAAUGGACAAUGGAGGGACCUCUCUGAUGUGCAGGGGCAGGUUAGCAGCUCGUCAGCUGACCUGAGAAUCAUGGGGGGGCAGUAAGGAUGAAGGUGGGGGCAAGACCGUUUAAGCCUUUAAAAACAAACUCUAAGAUAAGCAGGCAGCCAGUGGAGUGAAGCCAGGAUGGGAGUUAUGUGCAGUCGUGCAGCAGCAGACGAGAGAGUAUUACAGUAAUCCAAACGAGAUGAAGUAAAAGCAUGGAGUACUGUUUCAAAAUGCAGUCUGGAUAAAAUAGGUCUUACCUUUGCUGAGCGCCUUAAAUGAUAAAAACUGGACUUGACAGAGCCCUAAUUUGCGGGUCCAAUUUAAACUCAGUCCACCUUAAAACCAAAGUUAGUUUCAACAAGUUUAAAAUACUCUGCCAGGGGUCCCAAAUCAAAAGAGGAGGGAUCACGAGGUCCGCUACGACCAAAAACAAUCACCUCUGUUUUGCUUGAAUCAGCAUAACAGUGGAAGGUUAUUCCAUGCCUUCUAAGGACGGCUCCCAAAGGCUGUAAAUACAAUGAAAAAAUCAGAGGCCCUAGAAAUGAGCCCUGUGGGACCCCAAACUGAAGAUGUUGUGGUCUACAUGGUCACAUGUGAUUGGUCAGCAGAGUGGAAAGCUUCCAGAAAAUCAGCGCCUGAGUUUUCAUGUGCAGAUGGAUAUUUGUGUGAAUGUCAUUCAUAGCCGGAUGGUCCAGCAGCCGGUCUGUGCAAAGGCUUCAGGCACUGUGGCAGCUCGGGUUCUUCUAAAUCACUGAACACUGGCAGGAGGCCUCAGACUCGUCCUGCAGCAGAAGCCCAAAACAGCCACACUCAGGUCGGUCGGAGUUCGAUCCCCGGCUCCUCAACACCAAACCAAAAACACUGAUGAAAGUGGGAGGAAACCGUCCAUCGGUCCUCAAUGUUUGAACAGGAGAAAGAAAAAUCGGUCAGGAUCGUCAUCAACCCGGUGUUAUCAUAACACAUCAGAACCAAGAAGAUGAUCACAGAAGAUUCACCGGGUGAAACUUAGCCUGUUGGCUUGUUAACGAGGCCGUUCCAACAGAUCAGGUGAACGCUCAUCACUGACAACCCGACUCAGGUCUGAGGUAGAGGUGUCUGCCGCCAAACUGGCAGAUGCAUGUAAGCGCGUUGGUGUGAAAGCUAACAUCUAGUUUCUAAAAGAAGAUAACGCUGCGCGUUACCUGAGGACGCUACGUAACGUUUGAAUGUGAGCUCGUUCUCAGAAAGCAUCGACUGGUGCCAGCUCAUCAUGUUCCAGAUCAAGAUGCAGAAAACGCAACCACAGCUCCGACCGAGAAAUACGACACGCUGCAGUCACCCAGAGAAGACGGUGCUGGGGUGGCCACGCCCUCAGAUGUUGGCCUCACCACCCAGAGGUCUGGAUGCUGCAUGUGAUGAAGAUGAAGCUGCCUAACAGCGAUGGAGGCUCCUCCUGCCCGAUGAGUCUGAGCUCCACUUUGACUUUAUUUGGUAAAAAACGACUCGUCUUUAUUUUCCGUCACUUCCUGAAGCGUUUGCACGACCCUGCAGGCAAAGCAGCGCCUUUCCUCUCAUAGUCCAGACCGCUCUGCGCUUCAUGCUAACUGCUCUUUACGUCCAACAGCCACCGAGAAGCCUCUCAGACGUCGGCCUCAUUGCAGUGUCCAUAAUGGACACUUUUUUUCGCCGUCACUUUAAGAGGAAGGAUGCCGCUCUGCAGGAGGACGCGUCCAAAUCCUGCCGCCAGCGGAGGCCCAGCGUUGCCGUCCCCACCAGCAAAGCCCGGCGAAGGUCCACAGUCGGGAUGCCUUCCUCUGCUCUAGCCCAGCGGCGUCGCUCCAGCGUCCAGCCGCCGUCAGGGUCGCUGUGUGCUGGAGGGGGGCGUCUGGCAAAGACAGACUCCGGCAGCAGGUGGACGGGGCACGCUCGCAGGCGCUCAAGCACUACCACGCCCAACCUCAACCCGAGGUUUGCCGUUUGCCGGAGAAAGGUGGGGAAGCUGCGGACGAUCGACACUCACCUGCUGGGGCCGUCCAUGCUGCUCGCCAGCCUGAUCCAGAUGGCUGAGGAAGACGAGGAGGACGAGGGUGUGGGGGCGGGACCGCUGGCUGAAGAACAGCAGGUGGAGGUGAUCAGCGGCGUCAACAACAGGAGGAGAUUUUCACGAGCCAGCAGCCUCCUCUCAGAUGGCGACGACAACAGCAGCCGUUUCUCCACCACUGACGACAGCCAAUCAGAAACCAGCCAGCUGUCAGAGGCAGAGCAGUUGGCUGAGGAGGAGGAGAACACCUGCUCCCCUGAUCCCCACUGCUCCCGAGCCUCCAGCCCGUCCGUGUCCUCCACUGCCACAAUGGAGGUGAUGAAAAAGACUCCCCCACUGCCGUCGCCGUCCCGCCCGCUGAUCCGGGCGCCGCGCUGCCUCCGGAGGAAUUCCUCUCAGGUGUUUACGGUAGACUCCUUCCCCUACGGCUGCUGCCGCACCUCCAGCCAAAGGAAGAGGAGAAGGAUCUCCACCAUCUCCAAAGCUGGGAGCCCCUGGCCUGGGAGAGGCCCGCCGUUGCCCAGCCGCAAGACCUCGGUGUACUACCUCAACCACCCGGGCUUCUACCGGGGCGCCGGCGCACUGAGCCCGCUGGGGCCCCGGGGCCAUGACUCCUGCCUGGAGAGCUGGAGCGCCUUCCUGCUGAAAGCCAUCUCGAAGUCGGGCGCGCAGCACGCCGGGACUCCGGCCAACGUGUCGACGUCCGGUGCGAGCGAGUCGCCGCAGGAGCCGAGCAGCACCGUCGACUGGAGCGAUAACGCCCAGUACGGCGACCACAUCUGGUUUGAGACCAGUGUCUCCGGAGACUUCUGCUAUGUUGGAGAGCAGUACUGCAUCGCCAAGUCUCUGCAAACAGACAAAGGGAGGAAGAAAUGCGCCGGCUGUAAGAUCUCAGUGCACACCGUGUGCUUGGAGCAGCUGGAGAAGAUUAAUUUCAGGUGCAAGCCGUCGUUCAGGGAACCCGGAUGUCGAGCCGUGCGAGAGUCCAACGUCGUCCGGCACCACUGGGUCCACCGGAGGCGCCAGGCGGGCAAGUGUCGACAGUGCGGGAAGGGCUUUCAGCAGAAGUUUGCCUUCCACAGCAAAGAGAUCGUCGCCAUCAGCUGCUCGUGGUGCAAACAGGCGUAUCACAACAAGGUGACCUGCUUCAUGCUGCAGCAGAUCGAGGAGUGCUGCUCUCUGGGCGCUCACGCCGCAGUCAUCGUCCCGCCCACCUGGAUCAUCAGGGUCCGCAGGCCACAGUCGUCGCUGAAGUCCAGUAAGAAGAAGAAGAGGACGUCGCUGAAGUCUAACAAGGCGAGCAAGAAGGGCGGAGAGGUCCAAGAUGGCCGCUGGAAGCCCUUCCUGGUGAAGCCCCUCCCCUCUCAGCUCAUGAAGCCUCUGCUGGUGUUUGUGAACCCAAAGAGCGGUGGGAACCAGGGAGCAAAGAUCAUCCAGUCCUUCAUGUGGUACCUGAACCCGCGGCAGGUGUUCGACCUGACGAAGGGCGGGCCCAAAGAGGGGCUGGAGCUGUACGCCAAAGUGCCCAACCUGCGGAUCCUGGCCUGCGGGGGGGACGGCACCGUGGGAUGGAUCCUGUCUGUUUUGGAUCAGCUGAAGCUCCGCCCUCAGCCUCCUGUGGCCAUCCUGCCACUGGGGACUGGCAACGACCUGGCAAGGACUCUGAACUGGGGAGGAGGCUACACCGACGAACCGAUAACGAAGAUCCUCUCGCACGUGGAGGACGGCAACAUCGUGCAGCUGGACCGAUGGAACCUGAACGUGGAGGCAAACCCAGAGGCGCGGCCCGAGGACCGGGACGAACACCAGACAGACAAGCUCCCCAUCGACGUCUUCAACAACUACUUCAGUCUGGGCUUCGACGCUCACGUCACGCUGGGCUUCCAUGAAUCCAGAGAGGCGAACCCCGAGAAGUUUAACAGCCGCUUCAGGAAUAAGAUGUUCUACGCAGGGACGGCCUUCUCAGACUUUCUGAGCGGGAGCUCCAAAGACCUCGCCAAGCACAUCAGAGUGGUGUGUGACGGGACGGACCUCACAGCCAAAGUCCAGGACCUGAAGCUGCAGUGUCUGCUCUUCCUCAACAUCCCCAGGUACUGUGCUGGCACCACGCCGUGGGGGAACCCCAGCGAACAUCAGGACUUUGAGCCUCAGCGGCACGACGACGGCUGUAUUGAGGUCAUCGGCUUCACCAUGACGUCUCUGGCCACCCUCCAGGUGGGCGGUCAUGGCGAACGCCUCCACCAGUGUAAGGAAGUGACCCUCACCACCUUUAAGUCCAUCCCCAUGCAGGUGGACGGCGAGCCCUGCAAGCUGGCACCGUCCGUCAUUCACAUCAGUCUGCGGAACCAGGCCAACAUGGUCCAGAAGGCCAAGAGGAGGAUCUCCAUGCCCCAUCUCAAUGAUCAGCAGCCCGUUCCAGAGAAGCUCCAGAUCAGGGUGAACCGGAUCAGCAUGGCGGCGUACGAGGCCCUGCAUUAUGACAAAGAUCAGCUGAAGGAGGCGUCGUUGCCGCUGGGAGUCAUCACCGUCCCCGGAGACAGCGAUCUGGAGACCUGCCGCCUGCACAUCGACCGUCUGCAGGACAACCUGGAGCAGGACGGCGAGGCGAUGAAAGGCGAGAGUCUGUCCUCACACAAGCUCUCCAUGAAGUGGUGCUUCCUCGACUGUACGACGGCGGAUCGUUUCUACAGGAUCGACCGGGCUCAGGAGCACCUGAACUACGUGACGGAGAUCUCUCAGGAGGAGCUCUACAUCCUGGACCCAGAGCUGGUCUCCAAGGAGACGGUGGGCACCUCCCCCAGCAUGCCCGACCUGGUGGACUCGGAGGAGCACCAAGACCAGCAGUUCGCCUUCCCCUGCUCGCCGUCCUCCCCCACCUCCCCUAUCUCGUCACACAGAUCCCGAGAUCAGAGGAAGAGGAUCUCCAGCGACAGCUCCGUGGUCGAUGCUUUGACUCAGAGCUCCUCUAAGACCGCCCUCUGCAGGCGAGGAGCAAAGAUUAUCAAUGUGCAUCGCUCCAACACGGCCGCGGCUGAUUUCAGACCCGUCAUUAGACCUCCUGCUGCUACCUCACACGACCCUGAAAAAGGUGCAGAGCUGAUCAGCUGCAUCAAGAAUGAAAACCUGGACCGGCUCCGAGAGCUCCACCAACAGGGGGCGGACCUCCUGCUGCAAGACGGAGAUGGCUGCACGCUGCUGCAUCACGCUGUGGAGGCUGGCUGCAAAGACAUCGUCAAGUACCUCAUCGACAACGUGCCCACGUCCCACCUGGAUGUCACCGAGAAAGAGACAGGGGAGACGGCGCUCCAUAAAGCCGCCACUUCCUGUCAGAGGAGCAUCUGUAAAUACCUGGUGGAGGCCGGAGCGUCGCUCAUGAAGACAGACCUACAGGGGGAGACUCCCAGACAGCGCGCCGCCAACGCCAACGACCCGGAGCUGGCUGAUUAUCUGAAGAGCUGCCAGCAUUACCAGAUGAUCCAGCGAGAGGACCAGGAGACGACCGUGUGACCUCCCGAACACCCCGCUCCUCCCGCCCUCCUUCGUAUUUCUCUGCGUCCUCUGCAGAGAGACGGCCGGGUCACAGACUCGGCGUAGACGGCAGCGUCGUGCUUCUUGUCUGCUGUGUGGGGGCAGGACGAGUGAUUGUUGUGAUUUUGUCCAAACGUCUGAAAAUCCUCCAAACUACCCAACGUAACAACGUAAACGCACCUGGACACUAAAACAAAGUCAAACUAGUUUCCUCUUCAGGCCACAAAGACUCUCAGAUCUGGUUCAAACUGCAUUUUGAAUACGUCUUUAUCGACUGAACAUUAGCGCUCUGACCUCCGCGUGAAGAUGUGCGACGGCGAACAGUGGCGGCUUUCAUCCAUCUGCAGCUGAACGCUUUCGCCGCAUCACAGAAAAGCUGCAAACGUGUCUUCUUUAAGCUUCUAGUGACCUUUUGGAUGUAUUUGUUUACUGGACAGAAAUAAGUGUUUGGAUAUUUAACUUAGGCUCACUCAGCUUAUUUAUGAAGUCUUUGUAGAGAUGUAACAGAUUUUGUUUGUGAUCAAACUGAAUUUUAGAGAUUUUAGUCACAUACGAGCGUAUUUUUUGUAACUUGUCGGCGUGUCACCUGACUGUAAAGCGCGUGGCUGCCAGUGCGAUGCUUUCUGUGAUGUGUGUAAAUAGCUGAGACGCCCAGUAGACGGGUCAGUGUUGGAAACGUUAAGCUGAAGCUCUGCCAAAGCAGUCACGCCCGUAUGAUUAAUAAUCACCUUUAGAUAGCAGGCAGGAUGACAUGAUGCUGUAUGAUAUUCAACUAAUAACUGUUUGGUUUGAUCAUUUCUGAGUGACCUGCAAUAAAGCAUGUCAGCAACA